GAACUUCAGUUUUAUAUCGCAGCCGUUUUUCUCCCCAGAAUGAUGAUUUCCUGUAGCUGUAGCCUACUUUUGAAAGGGGAGCAUACAAGCAGGAAGAUUCCCAUUGGAGUAAAACAUUGAGUGCGGACACCUGGUUACUGAAACCCAACAUCUGCCUGUGUGAAACAAGAUCUUGAAGAACCAAAAUGGCAACUAGCUGAACCUCAAUCUAACAAUGAAAGUGUGGAAGCAGGCAAGUCGGAAAGUACAACUACGAAAUACUAUACUUAUGAAGAGGAUUCGCCUGGCACCGAGAUAGGACAUCUGUCACUGGAUUUGAGGAUCGACCCGGCCGAAGACCCGCAGACAAGUUUUCGCUUUAUGCAGAAGCCAAACUCCUCUCUCGUUCAUAUGCGUCAGAAUGAUGGACUUUUAACAGUCGGGGAGAUCAUUGACCGGGAGCAGUUGUGCCCUCGCUCACCCCGGUGCCUGAUUACGUUUGACAUUGUCGCGUUUGCCAAGGAAAAGUUCCAGCUGAUUCACGUGGAGAUCGAGGUGAAAGACAUCAAUGACAACUCCCCAAAGUUCCCACUGAAUGAGACUUAUUUGGAGAUUUCAGAAAAUAUGGCUGUGGGCUCGCGGUUUCCUUUGGACGUCGCUGUCGACGAGGAUGUGGGGGGUAACUAUAUCCAAAGUUACCAGAUUUCUUUCAACAGUUACUUUGGCAUCGAGGCGCGGGAAGGGGGCGACGGGAAUAAACACGCUGAAUUGGUAUUAGUGAAACAAUUGGACAGGGAAGCUGAGAAUUUGUACACAAUUCAGGUGACGGCUAUGGAUGGGGGGAGUCCCCAUAGGGCAGGGUCCAUGACAGUUCAUAUCAGAGUGCUAGAUUUCAACGACAAUAGCCCGACUUUCGAGAACAAUUCCAUAAAGGUGGAGCUUUUUGAGGACGCACCAGUUGGUUUUCUUAUUCUUAAUGUACACGCCUUCGACCCGGACGAUGGUAUUAAUGGUGAGGUGAUGUAUGCAUUUGUAGAAGAGUCACUGGACGAGGUAAAGCAGGUGUUUCAAGUAGAUCCGUUUUCUGGCGCCGUGACUCUGAAGGCUUUGGUCGAUUAUGAGGCAAAGAGGUCAUAUGAAUUGAACAUCCAGGCUUACGAUUUAGGCUUAAACUCAAUCCCGUCCACUUGUAAAGUUGUUAUAGAAAUUGUAGAUGUAAACGACAACUUGCCGGAGAUCAGCAUCAAACCGAUGACUUCGACGAGUAACAGUGUCGCCUACAUUACGGAAUCCGCCGCUGAGGAGAGUUUCGUGGCUCUAAUCAGUACCUCGGACAGAGACUCCGGAUCAAACGGGUAUGUGCGUUGCAGUUUACACGGGCACAAGCAUUUCAAACUGCAAGAAGCUUACGGUGACAGCGUCAUGAUAGUGACGACCACAACUCUGGACAGGGAACGAAUUCCAGAGUACAACCUUACUGUUGUGGCCGAAGACCUGGGAUCUCCCCCAUUCAAAACCGUUAAACACUACACAAUCAAAGUGACUGACGAUAACGACAACGCUCCGCUCUUCAGCAAGGCGGUUUACGAAGUUUCCGUCCUUGAAAACAAUAUCCCGGGUUCCUAUGUUAUCACCGUGGUUGCCCGUGAUCUUGAUGAGGGUGAAAACGGCAAGGUCACGUACCAACUCAUAGACGGAGACGUCGGUGGUGCGCCUUUGUCAACCUUUGUUUCCGUCGACCCGGUCUCAGGGUCUUUAUAUACUGUGAGGUCAUUGAAUUACGAAUCAGUGGGUCAAAUCGAAGUUAACAUUCAAGCUACGGACAGAGGUUCCCCUCCAUUGUCGAGUACUACAUCAAUAAGAAUUAAAGUAAUUGACCAAAACGACAAUUAUCCGUAUAUAACGCAUCCAGUUUUGCAUAACGACUCUGCUGAAGUGCCCGUACCUUUCAACGCGCCCCCUGGUUACAUAGUACUCCGGAUCAGGGCACGAGAUGCAGACGACGGUGUGAACAGCCAGCUAAUCUUCCAAAUUUUGGAAGACGAGCAAAAGCUUUUUUCCAUCAACAAGGACAGUGGUGAAAUUAUUUUGAGAUACGGACUGACGUCCAAUUGUGGAGACGUGCUGCGGGUCAAUAUUGCCGUCAGCGACAACGGGAGGUCGCCACUGUCCUGCAGCGCUACUAUACGUUUCGUGGUAACAGAAAUGCAACCAUUGGAAGGUCAGAUUGUUGCCAUUCUGCAGUCAAUCGACAAAGAGAAGUCCGAACUGGACGUUUCGCUCAUUAUUAUCGUGAUGCUGGGCGGGGGUUGUGCACUGUUGCUCAUAGCGAUUGUGACUGUUACGCUGUCAUGCAAGUUAAACUGCAAUGGAAGGAACUGCAAUUCCAAGAAAAACUCGGCACGUGGCCCCCUCGGAAGAAGCCCUCUUCCCGUGCACAAAUCACAGGAUUCAAAUGUGUUCGCCGGACCCAGAGUCCUGGUCAACGAGCAGAUUGCGUCAUCAAGACAUGAAUACAGCAAACUUUAUCAGGAGAGAACUACGGACUCUCAGACUAAGGUGUUUCUCUCCUCAUUCAGCAAGGCCUUUGAACCUGUGUCACUGUGGCAGUGUGAGGAAUACAGCUUACAGUUGAGUGGGACCACGGAUCAGCUGAGCGUGAAGGACAGCGGCAAAGGAGACAGCGACUUCAAUGACAGCGAUUCUGACAUCAGCGGAGAUGGGUGCAGGAAAAACAGCAGCGUGCUUCUUCCCCGGGCAAACAGCACAUUCCAUCCAGCCAGCAGCGUUGAUGUAAAUCUUCAGAACCGCCACUGUGCAAUCCCAACUCGUACCACAGUCGCCUGCGGCAAUGGCUACACGAUAGCUUUUUCCCAGGUGUCAGUCAACAGUCCCCAUGCUAAUCUCGUACCUUGGAGAGACUUGGGCUGUAGGACAAGUGUCUCCAGAGGUUGGACCCCACUGCAGACGUCUCCACAGGACGGGAAUGCUCUCCAUUCCCACUGCCAGCUGGAGCAACACUCAGGCAUGAGCCCCGAUGUUCAGGGUCAGCAGGGCCAGGAUGCCCCAGCAGCAGCUCUGGCAACGGUCAACUUUCUUUUAACGGCAGGAAAUUGCAGUGUAUUUUUGUGACCUGUAGGGGGCACUCAAAACAACAAAAGGGACAGUGACUGAUAAAGUGCUUGAAAUGCACUAAAUAUAUAUGUUGCUGUAUUUGCGGAAAUCUGUUGAGCACCUUCUCUGUAAAGACCUUCUACAACGAAGCGGUUCCCUCCCACUGUUAAACUAAGUGGCAUAUGAGAACUUAAACAGGGUUUUAGUGGGGAUGACUGCUGCAUGCAAACACAUGUCCAUGAUCAAAACUGCAUUACCUUGAAACGCCUGUGAUAAAUGUUUGUCCUGAAACACACGUUAUGUUGCCCAUGUGUUAACAUGUAAAUUAAUUAUAUGUAUAUAUAUGAUCUAUGUAAAUACUUUAAAAAAUAUAUAUUUUAAAUAAUUUGUAUUGCUAUGGUCAGAAAUUUUCUUGGUAAAUAAAAACCUGAAACAAAAA